GGCAAUGUCUCACUGGGCUGGUCUCCUCUCCACUGCUGCCAAAGUCAACCUGCUGCUCUUGGUGGUUUCUGCAGUGUUUCCUCGGUCAAGCCUAAGUGACAGAGUUCCCGAGUUUGCCCUUACAAAAAUAGAAGAGAGCGACAUAAAAGAUGACAGCGGGAAAGAGCUGAUGACAGAAGAUGAUGCUGAUCCUGAAGACCUGGAAGUGUUUUACCCCACACAUCAGUGGCAAACCAUCCGUCCAGGUCAAGCUGUUCCUGCAGGAUCACACGUACGAUUAAAUCUGCAGACGGGGGACAGAGAAGCCAAGCUCCCAGACAGUGAAAAUGGAAAAAGUGACACGAGAGAAGAGAGAAGAAGAAAAAGGCUGGGCAAGGUGGAUGUUGACUCCAAUUCAUUCACAUCUCAGGAGCUCAAAAAGGCGUUGGCUAAAAUGAAGGAAAGUGAGAAGGCAGAAAGAAAGGCCCACGAGGAAGAGGUGAGGAAGAAGUUCCGGCCCAUAGAGCAGCUGAAGGAGGAGUUUGAAAAGCUGAAUGUGAAGAUGGAAACAGAUUAUGAAAUUAUGGUUAAACUAAUCAGCAAAUUCAACAGCUCUGCCUCCACGCUGGAUGAAAAAGUAGCAGCGCUUUAUGAUCUUGAAUAUUAUGUUCACCAGGUGGACAAUGCCAAGGACUUCCUCUCCAUGGGUGGACUCCAGCUUGUGAUCGAUGGGCUGAACAGCACUGAGGCUGCGCUGAAGGAGCAUGCUGCCUUUGUCCUGGGAGCUGCGCUGUCCAG